UUGAAGUUCAACCUCACUGAAUCUCGUGUGUUUUGCCCUGGUUGACAAUGGCAGCUUUUGCAAAUCUAGGAGGCUGGAUUGCGGACACACUUGUGAGCAAUGGUCUUUCCAUAACUGCAGUUCGUAAGAUCAUGCAAUCAAUUGGGUUUCUAGGCCCAGCUUUCUUUCUCACUCAGCUGAGCAAUGUCAGGACUCCCGCAAUGGCAGUGCUAUGCAUGGCGUGCAGUCAGGCCUCUGACGCAUUCUCACAAUCUGGUUCACGCUAUGCUGGAGUUCUGUUAAGGCUAUCAAACACAGGAGGAGUGCCCGCAGGUGUUUUUGGUACCGCGGCAACUGGUUACAUACUCCAAAGAGGUACUUGGGAUGAUGUAUUCAAGGUAGCUGUUGUAUUAUACAUCAUUGGCACAUUAGUUUGGAACAUAUUUGCAACUGGAGAGAAAGUUCUGGAUUAGACAAGUACAGCAGGAAUGAGAGGAAAAUUGAGGCUAUAAAUUAAUAACCAAAGAAAAACAGCCAACUUAUAAACAAAUGCAAGGAACAACAUAAAGCUUGGGAAUGCAUCAACAUUACCUGAGGUUGACGUUUAGUCCAUACUAAAAAGCGGAAUGUCCAGGAACUAAUUGAGUUGGGUUUUGUACUCUUUGUCCCAAGUAUUUAGGUCAGAUGGCGCAUAAAAUGUUAAUCAUGAUCUGACAGUGACAGAUGUGGUUGAAUUAAAUAGGUUGAUUCGAAUUGAAUCCAUAUUUAGCUCAAAAUAGGCU